UCUCUGGUUCGGGGCGGUAUAAAGGAAUGGCCAGCUGCCUCUCUGGAGGACGGGCGGGGGUUGCGAGAAGGGCUGCAGGUAAGCGGCGGCGCCAUGCCACACAGGAAGAAGUACCAGGUGAAUGGUGACUCAGGGAUGAAAUCCCAGAUCCAGUUUGCUGACCAAAAGCAAGAAUUCAACAAGCGCCCCACGAAGAUUGGCCGCCGUUCACUGUCCCGAUCGAUCUCCCAAUCGUCAACAGACAGCUACAGCUCCGCUGCCUCCUACACGGACAGUUCCGAUGAUGAGACCUCCCCCCGGGACAAACAGCAGAAAAACUCCAAGGGCAGCAGCGACUUCUGCGUGAAGAACAUCAAGCAGGCCGAGUUUGGGCGCCGUGAAAUUGAAAUCGCCGAACAGGAAAUGCCUGCACUUAUGGCCUUGAGGAAACGGGCUCAGGGAGAGAAGCCGUUGGCCGGAGCCAAGAUCGUGGGCUGUACGCAUAUCACUGCCCAGACUGCGGUUCUCAUGGAAACCCUCGGUGCCUUGGGUGCUCAGUGCCGGUGGGCUGCCUGCAACAUCUACUCCACCCUCAACGAAGUGGCUGCCGCCCUGGCUGAGAGCGGAUUUUCUGUUUUUGCCUGGAAGGGAGAAUCUGAGGAUGACUUCUGGUGGUGUAUCGAUCGCUGCGUCAACGUGGAGGGGUGGCAGCCAAACAUGAUCUUGGACGACGGUGGAGAUCUCACACACUGGAUUUACAAGAAGUACCCCAACAUGUUUAAGAAGAUCAAGGGGAUUGUAGAGGAGAGCGUGACUGGCGUCCACAGAUUGUACCAGCUCUCCAAGGCGGGGAAGCUGUGUGUCCCGGCGAUGAACGUCAACGACUCCGUCACCAAACAGAAGUUCGAUAACCUCUACUGCUGCCGAGAAUCCAUUCUAGAUGGCCUUAAAAGAACAACCGACAUGAUGUUCGGAGGCAAGCAAGUGGUGGUCUGCGGUUACGGAGAGGUGGGGAAGGGCUGUUGUGCUGCUCUGAAGGCCAUGGGGUCCAUCAUGUACGUCACGGAAAUCGACCCCAUCUGUGCCCUACAAGCCUGCAUGGACGGCUUCCGGCUUGUGAAACUCAACGAAGUGAUUCGGCAAGUGGACAUCGUCAUCACCUGCACAGGCAACAAAAAUGUGGUGACCCGGGAACAUCUGGACAGGAUGAAGAACAGCUGUAUCGUUUGUAACAUGGGGCAUUCCAACACAGAAAUCGACGUGGCGAGCUUGCGCACCCCGGAGCUGACUUGGGAACGGGUGAGGUCUCAGGUCGACCACGUCAUCUGGCCAGAUGGAAAGAGGAUAGUGCUGUUGGCAGAGGGCCGCCUCUUGAACCUGAGCUGCUCCACUGUCCCCACCUUUGUGCUGUCGAUCACCGCCACCACCCAGGCACUCGCCUUGAUAGAACUCUACAAUGCCCCUGAAGGACGGUACAAGCAGGAUGUUUAUCUGCUGCCUAAAAAAAUGGACGAGUACGUGGCCAGUCUUCACCUCCCCACAUUCGACGCGCACCUGACGGAGCUGACGGACGAGCAAGCAAAAUACUUGGGACUCAACAAAAAUGGGCCUUUCAAACCAAACUACUACAGGUAUUAACUUCCUGUGGCCGUAGCUGGAAGGAAGAGGAGGAUCCGGAACCCAGGACCUCCCUCCGCUUCUGUACAGGACUACCAGUACCCCACCAAAUGUCUGAAGUUAGAAGCCAGCUUGCUCCUGUAGUACACAGUGUGUUAGGUUAUUUAUUUAUUAAAACUAGAAUACUGUAAA